AGGAAGUGUUUAGUUUGUCUCUCAGCUGUUUCCCUGAUCAUGUCAGAUUUGCUCUGUGUGAAAUCUUGGUUUAUGUUAUUAACUUUCUUCUACGCUUGAUUUUUUUUUUUCUUUUAAAUGUCUCUUGAGGACGAGCUGUCGUGUCCCGUGUGCACUGAGCUCUUCAGAGAGCCUGUGUUACUGAGCUGUGGUCACAGUUUCUGCCGUCAGUGCAUUAAUGAUCACUGGAGCUCGAGCAGAUCCAGGACCUGUCCCGUCUGUCGACAGCUUUCACCUCAGCCACCUGUGUCCAAUCUGAGCCUGAGGAACACCUGUGAGUCUUACCUGAGAGAGAACAACUCGAGGAAGGAGAGAGAGAGAGAACAUGUGUGUCAGAGACACGGAGAGAAGAUCGAGCUGUUCUGUCAAGCGGAUGAACAGGUUUUAUGUUCAGAGUGUAAGAAACAUGAGCACAAAUGGCACAAAAUACAGCCGCUACAACAGGCAGUGCGACAACGCAAGGAGAGGGUGAAAGCGGCUCUUCGUCCAGCCGAGAAGAGCUUGUGGUCACUGCAAAAUGGUGCCGCACAAGACGCCAAGAUCUCUGAUUACAAUCAGUCUCAAGUUCAGCAGACAGGGAGAAAAAUCAGGGAGGAGUUUAAGAAAAUCCACCGCUUCCUCAAAAAAGAGGAGGAGAGCAGGAUAACCGCUCUAAAUGAAGAAGAGAAACAAAAGAGAGGAAAGAUGGAGAAGAGAAGGAAGGGAAGAAUACAUUCUCUCUCAGACAGACUCAGAGAGGUGGAGGAGGGAAUGAAGGAUGAUGACGUCACUUUCCUUCAGAAUUAUAACAGCCUUAUGAACAGAGCUAAAUACACACUUCCAGAUCCAGAACUGAGUUCAGAAACUCGUAUUGAUGUUCCCAAACAUCUGGGCAACUUGAAGUACCAGGUGUGGGAGAAGAUGAAGGACGUCUGCCCUUACUAUCCUGUGAUCCUGAACCCAAACACUGCUCCAGACGUCUCUGUGUCAGAUGAUCUGACCUCUGUGACCUCAUGUCUCCGUCGGCAGGACAAGCCUAAAGCUCUUUGUUUGCACAGGAACCGGGUGGUGUUGGGAAGUGUGGGAUAUGGUGAUGGUGUUCACACAUGGGAUGUUGAAGUGGGAAACAGUCGGCACUGGAGUCUUGGAGUGUGUUUUGAAUUGGAAGGAAAAUCUCCUACACAACCUCUGACCCCUGAAAACGGCUUCUGGGGUCUCAGACGGGAUGGAUACUUACUCCAUUUCCUGAACACAACACUAAUCUUCAAGCUGGUGACGAAUCCUCAAGUAGUGCGAGUGAGGCUAGAGGAUUGUUAUGACAUGAAGGGAGGAUGGUGGAGGAAUGUGAGUUUUUUUGACGCUUCUGAUGAUUGCCUUUUUGCCCACAUUACUGGAGUGCCUGCUGGGAAGGAUCUCUUUCCAUUUGUGAUCCCAGAAGAUCCUUCUGUCCCACUGCGUGUCGUCCCAGCUAAAAUUACUCUGACCGUUAAACCGUUUGAACCGUUUGAACCGUUUGAACCGAAGCUAUCCUUCAAGGAGAGACAUCGAGUCUUGAUCAUCAUCUGUGUUUGUGUCAUUAUGGUGAUAUUGGUGAUUCUGUCAUGGAAUAUCGAUGGCAAUGUGCAUGAAAAGAAAAGCAUUUGACAAACUGUCCAUUUUCUGACAUAAUGGUCUUUUGCAAUAGCAAACAAAAUAAUGCUAAUAUUUAAACUUACUUGCUAUCACUGAUGGGCAGUAACGCGUUAGAAGUAACGCGUUACUGUAAUCCAAUUACUUUUUUUUUCUAGUAACGAGUAAAGUAAGGGAUUACAAUUGAAAAAAACAGUAAUUAGAUUACCGUUACUUCCCCGUAAACAGCCUGCGUUAGUUAACCGUGAUUUUGUUUAGUCAGACUGUGUCGUGACCUGAGUUGUGCGUGAAUAACAAUGAUGUAUGAGCGCCGCGACAUCAGUGAGAGACGACUAGAGCGCGGGAGAGAGCAGCCGAGCUGUCAACUCUCACACACGCUCACACGACACACCCCUGAUUUCUCGCGCUGAAGUGUCAAUCCCGUCGGUCAAAUGCCUGAAAGAUGAGUUUAUCUAUAAAUCUAACCUUUGAGCCACAUUUGUGAUUGACUAGUUAUAACGCAAAUUAGUUAAAAUCUCCCGGAAUCUAGAGCGAGCGCGCAUGCGAGACUGUGUUCCAAUGUCCAAACUUCGUAUCGCGCGCACGACGAGGAGAGCGAGAGAGAGACUUGCGUACUAUGCAGAGAGCAUCCUGAUCUGGAAACUGGACCCCCGUUGGAGAAUGUCAAAAUUCUACCUCAAAUCUGAGCAAGCAUGUCACGAGACAGCCUCACACGGUUAACUAAAGCAGCAAGCCGGUGUUCAGGAAUGUGAAACUUACUGAAAAAAACCCUGAACCCCCGUCUGACAUGACCACUGCGGCUACAUGCUGAUGGGACAUAACCACUGUUUAACAAAAAAAAAAAACAAACAAAAAAAACUUGAAGCCAAAAUAC